GCUCUCUUCGUGUCCUUCGCCCUCGUCCUCCUCCUCCUCCUCCUCCUCCUCUCCCCUCUAAAGGUGCGCUCCUCUGAUCAUUUGAGUUCCCAAUUGGUACUUCUUCGAGCCUCUUCGAUCUCGUUCAUGUCUCAUUCGCAGUAAUUUCAUACACUUGUAUCAUCUUCUAGGGUCUAAUUUCGCCGAUUUUAGAUCGCCUUUUCGUGUUAUAUGUAUCAACUUCACCAGUUUCUUAGUAUGUGAUCAUCUCUUAGUUAUUCUAGUAGAAAUCACGGAAAUCACCAUAAUUGGAUUAAUCUAGGCGAUAGCAGUGAGUUGUUAUUCUAUAAGGAAGUUUAAGAUUGAAAAAGAGCGGGAGAAAUUAAUUGAGAAUGGGCAGUGUAAAAAAAUUAUCUGAGUAGCAUCAGCUCCAAAUUAGUUUACGAUAAGGUGUUCGAUGAUAUGACCACCACGAAUAAUUCUUCUAAUUUAUCUCAAAAUAACAUUUUUGACGUUUCAACAAUCCCCUCUGAUCCAAGCCCUGUUAUAAAUACCCAAAAUCUCAAUGGUUCCUCUGCGCCGUCUUCUUCAUCGUCAUCUUCUUCUAGUACAACUACUAUGGUCCCCUCCGCAGAGGCAGAGUCUUGGAAAGAUUCUGAGGUGUUCUCCAGUAUGAUGCUAACCUACAUAAGCCAUAUACUUAUGGAGGAUGACAUAGACGCGAAGUUCGAUCUGUAUCCGGAAGACCCACUUCUUUUAGCUGCAGAGAAACCUUUCCUCGCAAUCUUAGAGAAGUCCCCGGCUCCACCCAAUCAACCUCCUUUAGAUUCCAAUCGUAGUUCGGAUUGCCCAGAUAAGAGUAUCUCUGGUAACUAUCGGAAUGAUAAUAGUAACAAUGGCGAGGCUGUGGUCAUAGAGAAUAGCUGGCCUUACGAUCCUGUCGAAUACUGUCAACUAAAGACUAAGCCUUUAUUUGUUGAUUCGUCUUCUCAGUCAUCGGUUUCCUCUUCAAAUAGUAAGAAUUUUUUUGAAUGGUUAGGAAAUCAACUUGUUCAAAGCCAACCUGCUUUGCAAUUUGCUAGGGGGGUUGAGGAGGCAAAAAAUUUCCUUCCCGGUGAGGACAAGUUGGUUAUUGAUUCGGAGGCCAAUGGGUUCUCUUUACUGCCAGAAGUGGAAGAGGAGGAACAUCAAGUUCAUCGGGGGCAGAAGAACCCAUAUAGUGAAGAUUCAUACUUGGAAGCCAGAAGGAGUAACAAACAAGCAGCUGUUUACACCGAGGAGACUGAGAGCGUUCGCAAAAUGCUGGAUAAGAUCUUGCUGUUCAACAGCGAGGCAUGCUUUAAUAGCGUCAAAGAACUACAAGAAGCAAAGCAGAGUGAAGGAGCAACAAGACGUUAUCAAAGCAAUCGGUCUAAGGGCGCAGGGAAUGGCAAGGGUGGCCGGGGAGGAAAGAAGCAACCACAAAAGAAGGUGGUGGAUCUUAGAACUCUUCUUACCCACUGCGCCCAAGCUGUGGCUAGUAAUGACCACCGGGUUGCAAACGAGCUAUUAAAGCAAAUAAAACAGCAUUCUUCGCCCACGGGGGAUGCUACCCAGAGGCUAGCCCACUACUUCGCUGACGGGCUCCAGGCCCGCGUAGUUGGCACGGGGAGCAAGAAGCACCAAUCGAAUCUGGCAAGGCGAACCCCUACGAUCGACAUUUUAAAAGCGAUCAUGGUCUAUGCAGCCGCCUGCCCUUUCAUGGGGCUAUCCUACUACUUCUCCAACCACACCAUCUUCGACGCCAUUGAAGAGGCAAAGAGCGUGCAUAUUGUGGACUAUGGGAUAUGUUACGGCUUCCAAUGGCCGUGCUUUAUGCAAGAGCUUUCUUGUAGGCCAGGUGGCCCCCCUAGGCUCCGAAUCACUGGUAUCGAUUUGCCUCGGCCAGGCUUCCGCCCAGCGGAGCUCAUUGAGGAGACAGGGUGCCGUUUAGCUGAUUAUGCUAAAACAUUUAAUAUUCCUUUCGAAUUUCACGCCAUUGCAGCCAGAUAUGAGACAAUCCUUGUGGAGGAUCUUCAUAUCAACAAUGAUGAGGUUCUGAUUGUAAAUUGUCUCUACAGGUCUAAAUUUCUAAUGGAUGAGACCGUCGUGGUGGAUAGCCCAAGAGACAUUUUCCUGAAUACAAUUAGAAAGAUGAACCCAGCAGUAUUCAUUCACGAGAUUGUUAAUGGCUCAUAUAGUGCCCCCUUUUUUGUGACACGUUUUCGCGAAGCAUUUUUCCAUUACUCAGCAAUUUUUGAUAUGAUUGAAACCAACGUUCCACACGAGCACGAGCAGAGGCGAUUGAUCGAGAGGGAUAUAUUUGGAUGGCAGAUUUAUAAUGUUAUAUCAUGCGAGGGGUCAGAAAGGGUGUGUAGGCCCGAGACUUAUAAGCAGUGGCAGGUGCGGAGCCUCAGGGCAGGGUUCAAGCAGUUGCCGCUAAAUGCGGAGUUCAUGAAGAAAGCGAGUGAGAAGAUGAAGGCAUGCCAUCAUAAGGAUUUCAUUUUGGAUGAGGACAAUAGGUGGCUACUGCAUGGGUGGAAGGGGCGCAUCCUCUACGCCUUCUCCGCGUGGAAACCUAAUGAUCUCUAAUAACUUGACUUACAGUUAAAUUUGUACAAUUCUGCGACUU